UUCUAUGUAUAUAAAUGUAUACACAUACGUAGAUACACCAGUACAUAUACACACAUACAUACAUAACAUACGUACACACAUUCAAACUUACGUACAUACAUGCAUACAUACAUACAUACAUACAUAAUUUCGUUUCCGUAUUGUUUGUUUGGUCUUUCGUCUUUUCGUUUGCUUUAAAGAAAACGGCUUUUUAUUUUUCGGAGCAAUGGAAAGCGGAGUAGAAGGAAACCCUACUCAAGGAAACAUUCAAGAGACUGGUGAGGAAAAAAGCGAUGUAAGGAAUGAUGCUGACGCAAAAGAAGUUGAGUUUUCGACGAAAUCCAUGGAAGGCAACACAGAAAGUGUAGCUAAUGGAGAACGCAAGAAGAAUGGAAAAAAUGGAGCGAAGGAAAAUGGCGGCAAUGGACAGAGAGAAAACGUCGAGAUCCAACCGUUAGAGCAACGGAUUAGCACCCAUAUGAAGACACCGUACAGUUAUAUUUGGCUUCCUUCAGGUGAUCCACACCAGUCGCUAUUUCGAAAUUAUAACUUCAGCAGAAAUAUUGUUAACCGUGUCUCGUCUACACAAAGUUCAUUUCGAUCGCUUAUACGCUAUACUCCAAUCUAUUUGUAUAAGUGUAACUGAGGACGAAUUAUACUCAGCCCUGAAAAGCUAUUUCCGUUCUCGUAAGAAGAAGUCAUACGCAGAUUUUCUUUUCUACCUUGCAGAAGAUGAGAAAUCUGAAAGACGAGCCAAAAGAGGCAAGUUCAAUACCAGAGAGAGCGUCUUCUAUACGGCCAUUGUCUUUUUGCACCUUGAGAAUUUCAAAUCAACUUUCAUGGUAGACAAUCCAGGAAUUAUCUACGCCCAGAUACCACGUGUCGUGAAAAAGAUUCUUUCGAAAACCUGUGACUCACCUGAAACUAUUGUAGAAAACUACAUAUUGCUCCUCAAAGCCUCUUGUUCACCAUAUAUAUGGCCAGUUCCAAAAUGGAACAACGAUUUUUCUGUAGUUGAAGAAAAGCUCAGAAUAAAACUCGGUUUCGACCCGCCAUUGAUGUUGCCCCCUUCUUUUAAGAAAGGCGAAA